AUGACGAAAUUUAAAUUAUCAAGAGAAGAAGACCAAAAUUCCUGCUGGGGUGAAACCUCAGAGCUGUCGUUUUUGGUCGAACCUGCAGAUGUUAUUGCAGUGAGGGAUCGUCCACUACUUUUGCACUGUCAAGUAGAAGGGGAAGAGCCCAUUAAGAUCACCUGGCGAAAAAAUGGACUGCCUUUAGAAACUGGACUGCGCUAUUUCAUCCUUAACAAUGGUUCCCUGCUCAUUGACAAUUUCCACAAAAAGCGAGGAAACAAUGAGACAGACGCAGGAGAAUAUGACUGUACGGCACAUAACCGUUAUGGACUACUGGUCAGCCGCAAAGCAAGAGUACAGAUGGCAUCUUUACCAAAAUUUUUGAAGCAUCCUGAAUCCAUGUCAGUUGAAGAAGGGAGUAUGGCUCGUUUUCAGUGUCUCAUCCAUGGCAUUCCAGAGGCUGUGAUCACUUGGGAGCGCAAUCGCACUGCACUGGAUUCCAAUAAUCUUAGGUACACACUCCUACCAGCUGGUGUUCUGCAGAUUACUGGAGUUCAGCGGUCAGAUGUUGGCCUGUAUCGUUGUGUAGCUGUCAACAUAGCAAACACCCGGUACAGUCAAGAAGCAGAGCUGACUAUAACUGUUCCUGUCCGCAAGAUGUACAAGGAGCCAGUGAUUCUGUCAGGCCCACAGAAUCUGACGCUGACUGUCCACCAGACAGCUAUACUGGAAUGCAUUGCGACAGGGAAUCCCCGGCCCAUUGUGUCCUGGAGUCGAUUAGAUGGGCGUUCUAUUGGCGUAGAUGGGAUUCAAGUUCUGGGAACCGGGAAUCUGAUGAUAUCUGAUGUUUCCCUGAAGCAUUCUGGUAUCUAUGUAUGUGCUGCCAAUAGACCAGGCACUCGUGUACGUCGUACUGCCCAGGGAAUGCUGGUCGUGCAAGCACCACCUGAGUUUGUCCAGUGGCCUCAGUCCAUCUCAAAGCCACCAGGAAGCAGUGCUGUGUUCAGCUGUGUGGCACAGGGAGUGCCAGAACCCCACCUCAUUUGGCUGAAAAAUGGCAAGAUCCUAACUCCUGGAGAAAACAUCCAAAUUUCAGACAAUAACAGCACAUUAACAAUUCAGAAGAUCACAUCAGCAGAUGAAGCCAUUUAUCAGUGCAUAGCAGAAAACAGUGCUGGAACCAACCAGGCAAGCGCACGAUUGGCUGUUGCACUUUCCAAGGAGCUACCAGACAGUCCAGAGGGAGUGAAGGCAGUGCCACUUUCUACCACCUCCAUCGAAGUGUCAUGGAAGGAGCCACCAAUGGAGGUGACAGAGGGCAUCAUUGGAUAUGUGUUGCAUAUUCGAAAAAUGGGAGAGCCAGACAGCAGGGAAUUACAAGAGGCCGUCAGUAAGACCACCUUUCAACACUCGUUCACAAGCUUGGAACCCUCUACCACCUAUUCCAUUUACCUCAAAGCAUACUCUCCCCUUGGAGCAAGCAAGGAAUCAGAGGUUGUUGUAGCAACAACCUUGGGAAGUGUUCCAGCUGCAUUGGGUUUUUUCACCAAAGUCCUGAAUGAAACAGCAGUACAGGCAUUUUGGGAACUCCCACACAAACCUGGUAAAAUCGAAGGAUUUAAGCUGUACCACAGGAAGAUGCCAGCAACAGAAUUUGAUGGUCCAGAGAUCCUGCCAAGUACCACCAAUUCCUUCAUAUUUAUUGACCUAGAUACCUUAGGGCUCUAUGAGAUCAAACUUCAGGCCUUCAACGGAAAUGGUGAUGGGAAUAGUACAGUGCGCUUCGUUUCUCUGAAGGGGAAUACGGGUAAGACUGCAGAUACGGAUCCCAUCUGCCACUGUAACCAGGGAGGUGAGACAUCACUGACUGGAAUUGUUGUCGGAAUUCACAUUGGCAUGGCCUGCAUCAUCUUCUGUGUCCUCUUCCUCAUGUUCGGCUAUCGCAAGAGGUAA